AUGUGCAAGUUUCGUGGGCCGAUGGACAGGUGGCGCGGCGGCGGGAUCAUGACGGGGGACAACGAGUUGCCGGAGAGAGAGAAGUUGGGGGCCGGAGGUGACGACGGUAUCGGGUCGGGUCGACCCAACGGAGCGAAGAAUCCGACUUGGCGGAUUAUCGGGUCGCGGACUGCGCGGGGGACUACCCGGCGAGGGUCCAUAGGUCCCCGGCGGAUAAUGGAUCGGUCAUGGGGCCUUAUCAAAGAUAUAAGUAGGAGUAAGAGACACAUGAUGAAGCUUCGGGCCAUCUGCAUUUUCGAACGAAGUUUCAAUGCCUUGGAAAUAGUGUUCCAUGAUAAUGAGAUUUGA